AUGCAGUGUGGCCUAUGGUUAACGACCGCAAUCACCAUCAUGCAACUUUCCAGUGUUGCGAAUGCUCCGAUCUGUUGCAUGUUUGGGGCACUCACCAUCAUCGCCUCUCUCUUCGCGUGUAUAUUCGGACAUGAGUAUCAUGCUCGCAUGUCCAAACUCAAGGACGCCCACCAAGGAAUGCUAUGGGUUCAGGCUAUCUCGCAAACUGCAGAUACUUGGCCUAACACUGUCGCGUUGCUAGCGGCUCCUGCCGCAUGGGUCAACUGGGGGGCCAUCUUCCUGAUCAAGCUGGCACUCUCGACUGCGUGGCUCCUGAUGAGCGGCGGCGAGCCGAGGGUGCUACAGAACCCGCCUACGGGUUAUAUUUGCCUGGCAGUAGUUGUGUUAGUGACAUUGUGCGGGAUUGCGCACUUCGCAUGCGCUAUGCGCGCGUUCCGACAGUUGGAAGCGCAAAUGGCUGUCGACGGUUCCGUAUAA